AUGCCCCGGGGAAAGGCAGUUUUUCCUUUGGCCGACGGAGGCCCCAGCCCAUUGGGACAAGGGAGCGAGACCGACAUGGAACAGAGGCCUGAGGAGCAGCCCUCCAGGGCCCCUAAGGAGGAGAAGGUGGAGGCGCAGACCCUGAACCAGGCUAUCUUCGGCCGCGGCCGGAUGCUGCUGGUAAGAGAAGUCUUGAAGCAGGAAGAGAGCUACACGAGCCUGCAGAACUCUGCGGGUCAGCCCCCAGAGGAUCUGAACGGCGAGCUCUCCAACACCCAAGCAACAGACGGCCAGAGUGCGUCCAGCAGCUGCAGGCGGGGACUCAAGCGCCCCGCCGACAGCUUGGCCGACAACCCGGAAGCCCCGGCCGCCAAGUGCAGGAGCCGCACGCAGGAGCCGGAGAAGCCGCAGUUCUUGGGUCUCGACAAAAAGGACUCGCCGGGUUGCGCGGCGGCUGAGAUCGCCGAGCUGUGCUCGGAGCCCGGCAGGCAGCUGCUCCUGGUGCUGUGCCACGCGUCGGCGCUGGGCACGCAGCUGCCGCGGCUUCAGCUGCUCCUGCAGCAGGUGCGCGUCCAGGACCGCCGCCCGCCAGCCGCGCUCGUCGGGAUCCUGAUGCAGCCGCGGCCGAGCGAGGAGGCCGAGUCGCGCCGCCGUCUGGAGGACCUGCUGUGCAGCGUCUUCGCUUCAGACAACCCGGAAGUCGAGGUGCACACAGCAGUGUUCUCUCCCAGCCGCCCCCAGGGUGUCCUGGACGUCCAGCGCGCUGCCAGCCAAGCGCACAUGCCCCCCCUAGUGGAUCGCCAGACCCAGACGGAUGUGCCUCUGACCUAUGUGGCUCCACCCUCCUGCUCCUGUUCAGCCUGCCCUGGCAGCUCUACUUGCUGGCGACGUUUGGGGCUGUGCCACAGCCGCAUCUUCGAUGUCCUUCUGCCUCGAGACUGCCCAGCUAUGCCAGGGAGAGACUCUUCAAACCUUCUCACCUUCUACAGGUUCCCGAGUGGAAAGCCUUCAAGGAAAUACUACCCUGCCCGUAACCUACGUUCUUCAAGCUCUCGGAACUAUUGCUGUGGUCCUGGGGGCCCUGGGAGCUGCCUACUUCAUCACUGAAGCGCUGUGAACUGGACCCCAGGCCCACGGUCCCGCAGAUCCAGUUUCCAUCAGAGGAUCUCACUUGUCACCAAAAUAGAGAGAAAAAACUAUCAUGCCUCUUUUCUUCAUUGUAUUUUUUUAAUUAUUCUUUUUGAGGCAAGGACUUGCUUUGUAGCCCAGGCUAGCCUUAAACUCACAGUUCUCCUACCAGAGUCUCCAGAAUGCUAGGGUUACAGGUGUGAGCCACCGCGCCCAGCUAGAAAUCUGUGUGUUUUACUCAGAAACAUAAAAGCUGGAUCUGGCACAGAGUCAGGAAGGUAAGUGCCUUGAGGCUGUUUUGAGCCAGAGUAGGAACCUACCAUUCUAGUCUUGGCCUCUCAACCCGGUGGAGACCAGUUGGCACACGAUUGGCACACAUUCAACAUGCUUUCACUUUUCUCACUCUAAGAGCAAGAAUUGCAAGGUUCAAUUCAAAUCCUGAUUUAACUUGUCAGCCACCUCUCAGGCCAGUUAGUAGGGACAGGAGGAAUAAGCUAAUAUGAAGCUUGAAUUCUGGGAAGCAAGGGCCCUGGACCUGGCAAGGGUUGGCUCUGUGAUGGGGUCCUGACCUGCUUGCACCCUGUGGCUACUUCUGGCCAGUGCUGGGCAGGCUAUAUUCUUCUAACUCUUCAAACAGCCAGGUAGAAUCUUAGUCUACAGAAAUCCCAGCAAAUACUCCUGGGAGGUUGGAGGGAGACGGACAACACUAGGUACAGUGGCCUCUGCAGGGAGCUGGAGACAGACGCUGCUGGCUCCUCCCUGCACAACACACCAUCAGAGUAAGCCCACCCAAGAGAAAACUAAUUACGGACACCCACUCCUGCAAGUAGAGGUGGGCUAAGAACCUGAUGUUUCUCUAAGAAUUGUCAAGAGGGGAUCUAGCAAGACUUGCCCCAAUGAGGCAGGGGACUGAUCUUUCUGUAGCAGUAGAUGGAAUUGGGUAGGAUAGGCCAGGCUAGUUACUUGCUGGGAUUCCCAGAGUCCUAGAAUCUUUGUUUAAGAUGAUCCUAGCAAACACCACUAGGUGAAAAUGUCCAGGGAACAGAGGUGGUCAGCACUGGGCUUCCUUCCCUGGGCCUGUGGAAGCCUUCUUUGAAAAGCCCAGAUCCUGAAGGCAACUAACAAAGACACAGGAGGGUCACGCUUCUAUCCUGUGCUGCGGUUGGAGAUGAAGGAGCCCAUGGGCAUCAGAGACCCACUGGCCACUGCUUCUGGAAGGCCUAACUGCUAUCACCAAAGAUGAACUCCUUUCCCUGGUACAUUAAUUAGACCCCUUUUGUUGUAAAUAGCAACUUGGCAAAGCCUCAGCCCUGAUUAAACCUAGUCCUCUGUCCUUCAUGCAGACGUAGGAAAUAUUCAAAUGAUUGUUCUGCCUUUCCCUCACAAGUGCUAGGAUUACAGGCACAUACCACUGUGCAUGGUUUAUGCAGUGCUAGAGAUCAAACCCAGGACCCUGAGCAUUCUAGACAAUCACUUUACCCACAGAGAUGCUCCCUAGCCCCAAACUAAAUGCAAAUUAAAUACAUGAUGGUGGACUCAGGUGAACCUCUGUGCUGCUAGGAACUAAAUCAUCUUAUAUUCCCCAUGUGGUUAUCCAUUGUCCUCAGACCUACACCUCCUCUCUGUCCCUAAGAUCCGCUGCCCACAGCAUCUCUCUAAUAACUACCCAUUACCCUGUCCUGAGGCAUUGACUGCUUUGACAAUGCCGAACAUAUGCCUGUU